UUCUCUUGCAUAACCUUUUGAUAUAGUUUAAUUGUUGUUUAUCUUGUGCUUCAUGCGACAUUUCGUGUAUAUUAGCCUCUAAAAUGAGGUCUAACUUAACUACUCUUGCAUUACCAUUUCCAAAGAUUUGAGGCAUAAAUUGGAAUUUGUGUUGUAAAAUAAUGCGUGGAAUUCAUCAUUUGAGUCUUAAAACUUAAGAACUUAGACAAGAUGAUGGAGACAUGCUGCUCCCGCUUCACGGCGGCGGAAGGCGGCGCGCGCCUUGCCGCGGCCGCCAGCGAGAAAAACAUCAUGGCGGUGGAGUACUCAUCCUUCAUCGCUACUCGACUGGUGCAUGAAGACGCUUACAAGAUCAGGGGUCCGUUCUCCACCGGGCGACAGCGUUCGGUCUUCAUCUGCCGCGCGUCGCGGGUGCCGUGCGUGGCUUACGAGCUUCAGAUCAUGACGGACUUGAAGAUAGCUAAGGGCACCGAUCCGGAUGGCGUAGAUUGGGCUGAGGAAAUGGAAGAGAAAGAGGUUCUGGUAUGUACUUCAGAGGUGAUGCGAAGGGUCCUGGAAGCUCAGACCGUCACCAUGCCGCAGGUCAACGUGCUCAUCGUAGACAGCUGCCAUCUGGUAUCCAGCGACGAGAGCCUGCAGUUUAUAAUGAAAAUCUACAAAAACUGCCCUGAAAACACCCGACCACGAAUACUAGCAUUAACUUACCCCCUUUUCUCACCCCCCACCAAAGAUGAACCCCCCCAAAAUGAUGACAAGGACUCCGAAAAUGACACACCAACCGAAAAUGACAUCAAGUGUGUCGAAAAUGUAGCGAAAAACGAAAAUGAAAAAAAUCCGUGUGAAGAGAUUGGUGUGAAUGAAAAUUUGGACGAAUUUGAUACUUAUGAGAAGUUGGAGUGGAAAAUUGAGGAGUUGGAGAAAGAGUUGUGCUGCGAAAUGGAUCUGGCUGAAGAUAUUGAUGGAGGGAAAAGACUGGCAGCCAGCUUGUCAAAGCCCAAAGAACUGGUCAUCGAGUACAGCGCCGGUCCUCCAGUAUCCUUGGACCCGUCCACACCCUUCGCUGAACUAGACGCCUUCAUGAGAGGCGCUGUGAAUGACGCCAUGGAAUUCAUCAUGGAGCACCGAUACGACCCAACUGAGAUAUACGGCGAGGAUAUGUACGAAGAGUUCAAGAACAUUCCAGACCCCACCAUAGAGCCCAAGUUUAUAUUCAAGCAGUUUCUGUACGUUUUGGAUGAACUCGGUCCAUAUGCAGCGGACAAAGCAGCCUUCUCUUUACUUGCUAAAUUGGAAAAGUUGAAAAUCAAAGUGCCCUACGAGAGACAUUUCUUGCUUCUCUGCCUUUGUACUUCUGUCUUCGUCAAAAUCAGAGGGUAUGCUGACCACGUGUUCUCUCAGUACGAGUCUGAUUGGGAGAAAAUCAAAAUCUUUUGUACCCCAAAAGUAUUGAGAUUCGCUGAGAUACUACUGAAGUUUCAACCACCGGAGUUGGUGAAAAAUACAUCUGAAAAUACAGCGAAAAUGUUGAGUGACAUAGAACAGUGUGAUUUCGCGUCAUUGGGCAACAAAAUCGAAGAUAAAGUGAAUAGCUAUGAAGCUAAUUUGAAAGAUCUCGAAGAAGAUUCCAGCAAAUGUGACGUCACCGAAAAUGAGCCUGAUAGUGCGGGAAAUAAGUGCGAUAGUGAGGGUAGUAACUCGAUAAGUGCUGGGAGUCAUUGUGAUGAGACUUGCUCAAACAAGUGUGAUGUUCAAACAAAUUCGAAUAGUGUCGAAAAUAAGAGUGAUAGUGCCGGAAAUUCGGGUGAUAGUGCGGUAAAUAAAACCGAUAGUGCGGGAAACAAAAAUGAUAGUGCGGGAAACAAAAUCGAUAGUGCUGGAAACAAAACCGAUAGUGGGCCAGUCGAUGGUCAGAAGCCAUUCUUCUCGCGUAGGUCUGGUGGUAGAGUGAGGGGUAGAGGGAGGUCUCAGAGGACUAAUAUCAGAGUGCAGCAGAUUCAGCAGAACCCUGACGCGUUGUGUGGGAUUGUCUUCAUGAAAGAAGCGCUGAUGGCGAAGAUUAUGUUCAUGCUGAUUGUGGACAUGUCUCGCGCGCACCGUUCUCUGUCUUAUCUGUGCGCUCAGUACUGCGCAGUGGAGACGCCCGCCGACCCCGCGACGGAGGCUAAGGAGUGCCAGAGGCAGAGCAAGAAGCAAGAGGAAGUGCUAAAGAAAUUCCGAAUGCACGAAUGUAACUUGCUGCUAGCGACAUCUGCGUUGGAGGAGGGCAUUGAUCUGCCCCGGUGCAACUUGGUGCUACGUUGGGAUGUGCCUCAAUCGUAUCGAUCCUACGGCCUAUGCCGCGGGCGUGCUAGGGCUACUCGCUCCGCUUGCGGCGUGCUGUGCUGUGGUGAGGGCAACGCUACCGACGAGCUGAUACACAACCUGGCCACUUACAGGGAGAUUGAUCAGAUCAUAAGCAGAAAAUGCGGGUGCGGCGUUCAAGAUGAACCUCCUCAGAGCGAGGAAGACCAUGCCGAUGUCUUCAACCUCGCCAUCAAACCUUAUACACCCCAAGAAGCGACAUCCAAAGACAAUAUCACCAACGAAGCCAAUAAUAGUAAUAAAAACAAAGAUACUAAAAACUCCACUCAAAAUGGCAAGGAAAAACCCAUUGAAAAUAAAAAAAAGAAUGGAAACAGAGAUGAUAGUCGUAAAGAGGCUAAAACAUGUGAAAACGGGAAUGAUAGUCUAAUAAGGGCGAUAGAAAGCGUGCAACGGACUAACGUUUCAAGUGAAAAUGAAAUUGAUAGUAGUGUGGACAAACUGAGCGAUUUGAAAAUAAGCGAAAAUGCCAAAGUGAAAACAGACGGUUGUGAUACUCAAAUUAUUUGUUCGAACUGUGAAAACGAAAAUGAUAGUCCGGGAAAAGAUAGUAAGGUGUGUGAAAAUAUAAAAGAUAGUUUAAGAACGGAUAAUUUAUUCUGCAAUAGAUGUAGUAAUAUGAAAACGAGCGUCAGUGUUGAGUGUCCGUGUGUUGUAAAUAUAAGUGAUAGUGCUAAAAACGACAGUGAUAGUAAGCUAGAAAAUGAUAGUAAGAAGACUGUUGAUGAUAUUGCUAGUGUUGAUUUGAAUUCGGCGAUCGCGUUGAUAAAUAGAUACUGCGGCAAGCUACCAUCGGACACCUUCACUCGUCUCGCACCUCAGUGGUGGACGGAGGAGGUCACACUGCCAACCGGGAGGGCCUUCAUUUGCACCCUCAGGCUCCCUCUGAAUUGUCCUGUCAAGUAUAACAUCGUGGGCCACCCGAUGCCGAGCCGAGUGCUAGCCCGCCGUAUGGUGGCGCUUCAAGCGUGCCGCAUUCUACACAAGUCGGGAGAACUUGACAACCAGUUGAUGCCUAUAGGCAAGGAGAACUUCAAAGCAGCUGAUUUGGAAGCCCCAAACCCACUGUUGGGCGAGUUAACAGACAAUGGAGACGCGCGCCCCGGAACUACUAAACGAAGGCAGUACUACUUCAAACGGACCGCGUCUGCGUUCACGGACUGCCAGCCAGUGGUGGAUACGAGCGACUCGGAAAUAGACCCCGCCAAACGCAACAUGCUAUACGCCAUAGUGUCAAAGCUGUGGUGCGCGCUUCCUGAACGAUACAACACGAGGGGAAGAAGACUGCACGCGCCGCAAAACGCUAGCCAAGCUAUAGGGAUACUGAUGGCGAGGGACGAACCCGAAGAUCUCCAGAUCCCCGCGUUUCCCGUGUACACCCGGUCCGGAGAAGUCCGGGUGUCCGUGGAGCAUGUACCGGACGCGGACGUCCGGUUAUCGCCGCGACGCGGACGGCUUGUGAGGAGGUUCAUGGGGUUCGUAUUCGCGGAAGUGCUUCGAGUCAGGCGACUGGGAAUGAGUUUGCAGAGCGAUGCGUCCGCGCAUAACAACUAUUACGUCGUGCCUACUAUAAAGACAACGAGAGAAGACGGCACCACCAAAAUCGACAUCGACUGGCCGUUCCUAGAACUGAUAUACCAACACACAGAAGACACCAAGUAUUCAGAACUGGAACCUCCUCUACACUGGCCCAAUGGGGAAGAAGAAACGAGCGUGCCCAAGGUGAAUAAAGACGAAGAGAAAGGCAGCAAGAAGGAAAUCACCAACCCUCUCCUAAAGCCAGGAGAGACGUUUGUGUUCGACCCCGAGAAGUAUAGGGAGGCGGUUGUUACCCCCUGGUAUAGGAAUCAGGAUCAACCGCAGUUCUUUCUAGUAGCAGAGAUAUGUUGGAACCUCACACCAGACUCGGCGUUCCCUUCAGCCACUCACACAAGCUUCAGAAACUACUAUAGCAAUAAGUAUGGGGUAGUAUUGACGCAGCCAAACCAACCGCUGUUGGAUGUGGACCAUACGAGCGCGAGAUUGAACCUUCUGACGCCUAGAUACGUGAACCGCAAAGGCGUGGCCUUACCAGUAUCAUCGGAACGCACGCGCCGAGCGAAACGAGACCGCCUGGACCAGAAGCAGAUAUUAGUUCCCGAGCUCUGCCGCGUGCAUCCGUUUGCGGCGCCACUGUGGUUCGCUACUGUGGCGUUACCUUGCGUGCUGUACAGGAUCAACGCGCUCCUCAUAGCCGAUGAGAUCCGUCGAGCGGUGGCCAUAGACGUGGGUCUUGGUAUACCGAAGAUAGAUGACACCACUUGUCCUGGCUUCCAAUGGCCAGCGCUGGACUUCGGAUGGAGUUUGGCUGAGGUACUAAGUGCGGACUCUGAAAAGACUGAAAAGAAGAAAGACGAAGAAGAGAAAAAGGAGGAAAAAGAUGUUGAAGUCAAGUACGCCGCUCCCAUGCCUCAGGCACUGACUGAGUCAAGUAACAUGACCUAUAACAUGCGUAAGCGAUUCUUAUCUUCUACUUCUAAUAUUUUUAGAGAAGAAGAAAAAGUGAUAGAAGAAAUUUCAAGAGCAGAAGAACCACCGGAGAAAACCAUCAACGAUAUUCUAGCGGAGAAAGAGGAUGCUGAAAGUGGCUUCGAAAUCGGCACGUGGAGUAAUGAUAUGGCGUCUUCUAUACCGGAUUCGAUGGAGUACGACGAGUAUAUGGAGCCGCUGCCUUCCAACCUCACCUUCUGCACUUCUGCCUCAGGUGGCACCAACUGGUGUGACCCCAUAGAGAAACCGAAGAGAGAGUUCCAUCCGACCAGAACGUUCUCUAUGGCGGAGAGCGACUGCUCUUACAUGUCGAGUGAUUUCGACACAGACGACUCUGAUUUGAACACUGACAGCGACGAUGACACUGAAAAUGGCGGAUUUUGGAGUAAGAACUCGAUGGGCGUCCGAAUAGAGUAUAAGACAGCGCACGAAGCCGAAGCCGUGGACGUUGAAAAGAAAAAGAAGACGCGCCCACAACCGCAGCGUGACGUCACCGAUGACGCGCGCGAUAGAGACGCCUACAAGAAGUAUAUGGCCGAAGGGAACGGCCCUAGCGAGUACCUCGAAAAGUUCCGUUCAUCUGUCACACACCAUAAGCAAGAUCUAAUCACCAACGGAAACCUCAUAAAAAAGGAUCAAGCCAUCGCCGAAAUACUACCAGAGACAAAAGAGCACAAACCACAGACUCUAACUCCACCUCCGUCCAAAAUACUGGACGAUUUAUUCCCAUACGGCCAAGAAGAGUUGACCAUAGACUCUGAAGGCCAAAUCAGUUUGGAAAGCAUAGAGAAAAACAAAAGAGUGUUACUUAAAAGUUUGAAAGAUACGAUGAGCGAGGAAGAAGUGAAAAAGCUACAGUGUUUCUCUAUGGUCGACGUAGAUAUCGACUCGCCGAAUUACGUUAACGAAAAAGUCGCAAACGUAGGUUUUGAUACCAUAGACAGUUAUGUGGAGAAAAUGAACAAAAAGGAUGAAGCGAAGGAAUUUAAGCCGUAUUACCAGGACGGUAGAGGCUACGGGAAGGAGUUCGAUUUUGACUAUCAGCCGGAUUUGGAGGGACAUCCUGGGCCUAGUCCUAGUGUUAUAUUGCAGGCACUAACGAUGUCCAACGCCAACGACGGCAUCAACUUAGAGCGUUUAGAGACGAUUGGCGACAGUUUUCUCAAGUUUGCUAUAACGGCGUAUCUGUACUGCGCUCACCCGGCCGUGCAUGAAGGAAAAUUGAGCCAUAUGAGGAGUAAACAGGUUUCCAAUCUGAACCUCUACCGACUAGGCAGGAACAAACGUCUCGGUGCUAGGAUGAUAGCGAGCAAGUUUGAGCCCCACGACAACUGGUUGCCGCCGUGCCAUAAGGCGCCUCUCACACAUACACAACCUGAUGCUAAGUUGGAGCAUCUAACUGAGGAUGCGCCUGUGGAUAGCUCAGGAUGCUUCAUCCCAUACAACCUGAUCACGCAGCACAGUAUACCGGAUAAAUCCAUAGCCGACUGCGUAGAAGCGCUAAUAGGGGCGUACCUCCUGGAGUGCGGCCCUCGCGGCGCCCUCCUGUUCAUGUCGUGGCUCGGCAUCCGAGUGCUCCCGCGACAUCUGGUCACGCUGCCCGAAGACCACCCUUAUGUCAAGGCCGCUGAGGUCGAAAAUUGCACUGUAAGUACCGAAAUAGUCAAGCUGCCCGAAGACCACCCUUAUGUCAAGGCUGCUGAGGUCGAAAAUUGCACUUGCGGCCCUCGCGGCGCCCUCCUGUUCAUGUCGUGGCUCGGCAUCCGAGUGCUCCCGCGACAUCUGGUCACGCUGCCCGAAGACCACCCUUAUGUCAAGGCCGCUGAGGUCGAAAAUUGCACUGUAAGUACCGAAAUAGUCAAGCUGCCCGAAGACCACCCUUAUGUCAAGGCCGCUGAGGUCGAAAAUUGCACUGUAAGUACCGAAAUAGUCAAGCUGCCCGAAGACCACCCUUAUGUCAAGGCCGCUGAGGUCGAAAAUUGCACUCUUAACUGGAGCGCGCUCAUACCGGGGACCUUAAAACCACAAAGGGCGGCUACUGGAGAAUGGAUGCAGCCCGUGUUUGGAGAACUGAAGGCACCCCCGUCUCCUCUCCUAAGAUACAUUGAAGACCCAGAAGGGGAAUUGGAACAAAUGCUUUCUGGUUACGACGCCCUAGAAUGUACUCUACAAUACCGGUUCAAAGACCGAUCUCUGCUACUUCAAGCUUUAACACACGCCUCGCACCAAAAGAACCGACUUACCGACUGCUAUCAACGGCUGGAGUUCCUUGGGGACGCCAUCUUGGACUACCUGAUCACGCGGCACUUAUACGAGGACCCACGGCGGCACUCGCCCGGCGCACUGACGGAUCUACGCUCGGCGCUCGUCAACAACACCAUCUUCGCGACCUUGGCUGCCCGCCACGGCUUCCACAAAUACUUCCGUCACAUGUCGCCCGGUUUGAACGAGGUGCUCACGAAAUACGUGAAGAUACAGGAGGAGAAUGGGCAUUCCAUAAGCGAGGAGCACUACCUCAUUCAAGAGGACGAGAUGGAGCAGGCUGAAGAUGUAGAAGUCCCCAAAGCAUUAGGAGACCUAUUCGAAUCCGUGGCUGGCGCUAUAUUCCUGGACUCAGGCAUGUCUCUGGGUGCGGUAUGGAAGUCCUACGUGAAUCUUAUGGGAGCAGAAUUGGAAGCCUUCAGCGCCGCCGCACCUAAAUCACCAGUCAGGGAACUUUUGGAAGCAGAGCCGGACACUGCUAAGUUUGGCAAACCAGAGCGUUUAGCAGACGGCCGCCGCGUGCGAGUUUGUGUCGAAGUAUUCGGUCGAGGCGCCUUUAAGGGAGUCGGAAGAAACUAUCGCAUUGCUAAAGGGACCGCCGCUAGGUGUGCCCUUAGGCACCUUAAGGCACAUGCUGCGAGGUAGCAUAGAGACAGAAAGAUGUAGCAGCAUCAUCAUCAGGUCAUUUAGUCUCCAUUGUAGGAGCACGACCCUCUCUAGUACCCAUACACCUAUAGAAUGAAGAAGUU